AUACAGAAUAAAACCCGGUACUGAGUCGUUCUCCUCCACCCACCCACUGGCCACAGUCGACCGACGAAAUUAUUAUUUCUUCUCCUUCACGUUCCAAUCUCACUACUUCGUUACUCAAUGUAGUUGAUUUCUCCUGAAAGCAAGGAGCAGAAUCUCACGACAUCAUUCUAUCUGCAAUGGAGCGUAACUCCUCAGACGACGACGAAGAAGACCACCAGCAUUUGAUCCCUCAGAACGACACUCGCAGCCGCCACCUAGAAGAUCCGCCAUCCUCCUCCUCCUCCUCCUCCGCCACAAACGGCGGAUCAUCUUUCCAGAUCGAAGACAUUCUGUCGCGGAGGAAGAUCUCGCUCAACAAGCGUUACCUCCUCGCCGCCGUCUCGCUAACCAUCUCGAUCGGUCUCAUCUUCUUAUUCACUAAUCUCCGUCAGCAAUUCUCCAGUUUCAAGGUAGAUCCGCUCUCGAGUCGCGUCAAAGAAUCCGAGCUCCGCGCGCUCUAUCUCCUCAGGCAGCAACAGGUCGAGCUUCUCUCUAUCUGGAACGGUACGACGAGUGCGAACUCUUCUGUGAGAGUCGCCGUCGCGAAGCAGAUCUCACUGAAUAAGGAGAUCCAAGAGGCGCUUCUGUCGCCACACAAAACCGGGAACUACUCCGGAUCGGUGGCUAACUUGUACGAGAGAUGCGUGAAGGUGGAUCAGAAGUUGUCAGAUCGGAAAACAGUAGAGUGGAAACCGAGAUCGGACAAGUUUCUGUUCGCUAUAUGCCUUUCGGGACAAAUGAGCAACCACUUGAUUUGCCUAGAGAAGCACAUGUUCUUCGCCGCGUUGCUGGAUCGGGUUCUUGUGAUCCCCAGCUCCAAGUUUGAUUACCAGUACGACAGAGUGAUUGACAUUGAGCGGAUUAAUACUUGCUUGGGAAGAAACGUUGUCGUUUCUUUCGAUCAGUUUAAAAAGAGUCGUCCUCCUCGUAUCGACCGUUUCAUUUGUUACUUCUCAUCGCCGCAGCUUUGCUAUGUAGAUGAUGAGCAUAUCAAGAAGCUGAAAGGUUUGGGGGUUUCAAUCGAGCGGAAGCUCGAGUCUCCUUGGAGCGAAGAUAUAAAGAAACCUAGCAAGAGGAGUGUGGAUGAGGUGCGGAGAAGUUUCAAGUCUGAUGAUGAUGUGAUCGCAAUUGGGGAUGUUUUCUAUGCCGAUAUGGAGCAGGAUUGGGUGAUGCAGCCAGGUGGACCUAUUAACCACAAGUGCAAGACGUUGAUUGAACCCAAUAAGCUUAUUUUGCUGACCGCACAGCGAUUCAUACAGACCUUCUUGGGAAACAAUUUCAUCGCGCUUCAUUUCCGUCGACAUGGGUUCCUCAAAUUUUGCAAUGCAAAAGCUCCGAGUUGCUUCUAUCCGAUUCCACAAGCUGCGGAGUGUAUUGCUAGGAUGGUCGAAAGAUCCAACGGUGCAGUAAUCUAUCUUUCAACAGAUGCUGCAGAAAGUGAAACAAGUCUCCUUCAGUCACUUGUUGUGGUCGAUGGAAAAAUUGUCCCACUUGUCAAACGUCCACCGCGUAAUUCAGCUGAGAAAUGGGACGCUUUGUUAUAUCGGCAUGGUAUAGAGGAUGAUUCUCAGGUGGAUGCAAUGCUGGAUAAAACGAUAUGUGCCAUGUCCAGCGUCUUCAUUGGAGCCUCUGGAUCGACGUUCACGGAGGAUAUCUUGAGGCUAAGGAAAGAUUGGGGGACGUCUUCUAUGUGCGAUGAGUACCUAUGUCGAGGGGAAGAACCAAACUUCAUAGCAGAAGAUGAAUAAGUAAAGCCUACAUUUUUUUCUUACGAACUUGUUUUAUUCCCACAUUCCAUUGUUCUCUUAUUCUAGUCGAGUCGUAUUUAGUUAGAGAAAUCCGAUUUUGGAUACUUUUUUCCAUUUUUAUUUUUUUCCAUGAUGGUGUGGAGAUAACAGUGUGAAUCGAUAGAAGAAAGAGCCUCGGUUUCUCGACAAGUGAUACAUAUUACAUAAAGUUGUCUCAA